CAAUGCUGCGAUUGCUGUAAUCUGGGCUUGCGAUUAAGGAGUGAGGGGAAGACCUGCGAGUCCAACAUAAAUCUGGGCUACCCGUGCAGUCAUGUGAUGCUGUCCUGCUGUGAAGGGGGAGAUCACUUCGUCCAUCCAGAAAUAAAAAGGCAUCCUGAGCCUUUGCCAACAGUGACACCUGAGAAGGUUUCAGAGACGGAAGGUCACAAUGAAGCUUUGUCCAUCAGUAAUGAAGCUGAACUGUCAAAUAACCUGCCUGGAGAUGACCUGGAUGAAUGUCUUAUCUAUGGUGGGGAACUCUGUCAGCAUUUGUGUAUAAACACUGUGGGGUCCUACAAGUGUUCAUGUUUUCCAGAAUUCACUUUGCAAGAUGAUGGGACCAGCUGCUCUCCAGAUCCUGACAGAGGACAGGUGACAAAGCUGGAAGCAGAAGCCACCAUCCCUCCAGCUGCCUCUCCCUCUCAGCCUAUUCUCAUUGUGUCCUUACAAGAAGAGCAAGAUAAGUGUAAAGAUAACGGCCCCUGCAAGCACAUCUGCAGUAUUGUGGAAGAAAGUGUUGUAUGCUCUUGUUUGUCUGGAUACACCAUUAUGGCUGAUGGGAUUUCUUGUGAAGACAUUAAUGAAUGCGUAACAGACAGACACACCUGCCAGCGGAGAGAGCACUGCGUCAACACGAUGGGCUCAUUCAAAUGUCUCCAGGAACUGAGCUGUCAGCCGGGUUAUGAACUUAAGGAUGGAGAAUGUGUUGAUAUUGAUGAGUGCGAGAGAGGAACUCAUAGUUGUAAAGUAAACUUCGUUUGUCAGAAUACAGAAGGGUCAUUCUACUGCGAGUCAAAGCAACGCUGCAUGGAUGGUUUUUUACAAGACCCUGAAGGAAACUGUGUUGAUAUUAAUGAAUGCACAUCUCUCCCUGAGCCAUGUAAACCAGGAUUCAACUGCAUCAAUACUGUUGGGUCUUAUACCUGCCAAAGGAAUAUGCUGACGUGCAGCAGAGGCUACCACUCCAAUGAGGAGGGAACUCGAUGCAUUGAUGUGGAUGAAUGUCAAACUGGUGUACACCGUUGCGGCGAAGGGCAGAUUUGUCAUAAUCUUCCUGGGACUUAUCGCUGUGACUGCAAGAUGGGCUAUCAGUACGAUGCAUUCAGUAGAAGCUGCAUUGAUAUAAACGAGUGCUGGAAUUACCCUGGACGCCUGUGUCAGCACACGUGUGAGAACACCCCUGGGUCCUACCAUUGCACUUGUUCUUCUGGUUUCCGCCUGUCUUAUGAUGGGAAGCAUUGCGAAGAUGUGAAUGAAUGCGAUACCAGUCCCUGCAGCCAGGAGUGCGCCAAUGUUUACGGUUCCUAUCAGUGCUACUGCAGGCAAGGUUUCCAGCUAGCAGAAGAUGGGCAUUCUUGUAAAGAUAUUGAUGAGUGCACACAGAGUGCAGGCAUUCUUUGCACCUUCCGCUGCAUGAAUGUUCCUGGUAGUUAUCAGUGUGCUUGUCCUGAGCAGGGAUAUACCAUGGCAGCAAAUGGAAGAACCUGUCGAGACAUCGAUGAAUGUGCAAUAGGAACCCACAACUGUUCAGCUGCAGAGACUUGCUAUAACAUCCAGGGCAGCUUCCGCUGCCUGUCCUUCGAGUGCCCUUCCAACUACAGAAAAGUAUCCGACAUGAGGUGUGAACGAAUCAGUUGUUUUAAUUAUCUGGACUGCCAGAAUACCCCGGUGCGCAUUACCUAUUACCAGCUGAACUUUCAAACCAACAUCGUGGUCCCGGCUCAUAUUUUCCGUAUUGGGCCAUCGCCUGCCUAUGCUGGAGACAACAUAAUCCUUACUAUCAACAAGGGAAAUGAAGAAAACUACUUCAGCACCCGAAGGCUGAACUCGUACACAGGCAUUGUCUAUCUUCAGCGACAACUCCAGGCCUGGCAAAACGAAGAGGCAGCCGCAGCGAUGAGCAGGAGAGCCUCUCAGAUCCAUUAUGCAGUACUCGUGUUAAGUGGCGAUACAUUUCUCCAUGCCCCAGUGGGGCACAUCAGAGUCACCGAAACCCAGAGUUUUCCAUCAGCAUUAGUGUUUGAUUGA